UUUCUAAGCCAGGAACAUCCUCAGGAUGGACCUUGUCCUUCUCUGUGUGUUCCUGCCUCUGGUGACCGUGGCAUGGGGCCAGUACGGUGACUAUUACUACGGUCCCUAUAACUACGGAGAUAAUGAUGAAUGGGUCAAUGUGUACCGCCAGGGUUUCAACUUCCAAUGCCCACACGGGCAGGUGAUCGUGGCUAUCAGGAGUGUUUUCAACAAGAAGGAAGGCUCCGACAGACUGUGGAACUACGCCUGCAUGCCGGCGGCCCAGAGCCUCGGUGAGCCGACAGAGUGCUGGUGGGAAGAGAUCAACAGGGCGGGAACUGAAUGGUAUCAAACCUGCUCAAACAAUGGGCUGGUGGCUGGUUUCCAGAGUCAGUAUUUUCCAUCUGUGCUUGACCGUGAAUGGCAAUUUUACUGCUGCCGCUAUAGCCGGAGAUGCCCGUAUUCAUGCUGGUUAACAACAGAACAUCCGGGACACUAUGGAGAAGAUAUGGACAUGAUGAUGUACACUUAUGACCAUUACAUCCGUGGGGCAACCACAACUUUCUCUGCUGUGGACAGGGAUCGUCAGUGGAAAUUCAUUGUCUGCAGGAUGACAGAGUAUGACUGCCCAUUUCAAAAUGUUUAAAAAGAUCGAGUGUACUCAACUUGGAAAGCUUGGGGAUGGACAGGGUGGGAUGAGGCUCAGUGAUUACGGGAGAAAGGCAAUUAGGCUCACAAAAAAAGUACCAAGACUCAUCAGCUGUCUGCUGAAGAUACAAUUCUUUCCCUCUGGAGCUAUUAAAUAAAUUGCCAGCCCACGUGCUUGCAACAGCAAUUUUGGGGGAUUCCUUCAAGCUGCACUGGCAGUUGUAUCCCCCGACUAAAAUUGCUUACAACAUACACGUUUAUGAUACACAAGUCUGUGGCAUAUGCAGUUACCUUUUUUAUACAUACAUAUAGCCAUUCUGAACACAUACAACCUUCUUUCACAUAGCAACUUUAUAUAAAUUGCUUCCCAGCACAGUCACUCUGAAUGAGGUGGAAACAUACUAUAAGCUUUCCAACAUCCACUAGACUUCCCUGUCUCUACUUUGUACUUGGAACCAACCCAGUGAUCCCUACCAGCUUCUCAGCAUUUAGUAGCUGAAAGUGUGCUGAAAGCAGCAUCAGGAGGUCUCUGACGUACUGCAUCUGGCGUUACCUGUUACAGCCCUCAGCAUAACUCCAUUGCAACAAAGGUCUGCCUGCACAGGAGAAUUCCAGGUAUUUACAACACUGGAAGACGUCAAUACCUGAUUAAAAUGAGAGUAGAUCCAUCAAUAAAAACAGAAGUCUAACCCAGCUUUA